CGACAAUUAGUACAAACUGGUUCUUGUCGACAGUUUUCAGUCACUUCUAUAGCAUGGGCUAAAAAAACGAAAAAGACCAACAAAAAUGAAACAUCUCCUGUGUUAUUAGGCCGACCUUCCAAUCAUCUCAAAAUGGGUGUCGUGGGUUUACCGAAUAUUGGAAAAUCCUCCUUAUUCAACGCCUUGACCAAUAGUAGUGUUCCUGCUGAAAACUAUCCCUUUUGUACCAUUGAUCCUUCUGAAGCCCUUGUUCAAGUCCCAGAUACAAGAUUUGAUUGGUUAUGCAAUACAUAUCAACCCAACAAGAUCACACCUGCACAUUUGACAGUGUUAGAUAUUGCAGGCUUAGUACGCGGGGCAGCACAAGGAGCAGGUUUAGGCAAUGCAUUUUUAGCCAAUGUGGGUUCAGUGGAUGGAUUGUAUCAUCUAGUACGUGCAUUUGAAGAUGAUGAUGUGACUCAUGUGGAAAACACAGUGGAUCCACGGCGUGAUCUAGGGAUUAUUCAAGAUGAACUACGAUUGAAAGACGAGGAAAGCAUGGAACGAACAUUGACUGAAUGGACACGUCUGGCUACUAAACCAUCAGCCAGUCGCACAUUAAAGGAUCAACUACAGAUCUUGGAGCAAGUCACAACAUUUAUGGCUAAUGGUACUCGUGAUGUUCGCAAGGGACAAUGGACUCAGGAACAAGCUCAAGUUAUCAAUUCUUUACAUCUUUUGACAGCGAAACCUAUGGUAUAUCUAUGCAAUGUUAGUAUGGAUGAUUACCUUUCUGGGGUAACCAAGGAUAUUCGAUGGCUGACUGAUAUUCAAGAAUGGGUGAAUGAAAAUAAUCCUGGUGAUAUCAUUAUCCCCUUAUCUGUAUCAUUUGAAUCAAAGAUCUCGGAAAUGGGAUUGGAAGAGCGGACAGAUUACUUGGCUUCUGUAGGUGUUGAAUCACAAUUACCCAAAGUGAUCUUGGCAGGUUACAAGGCGCUUCAUUUGAUUCAUUAUUUUACCUGUGGUCCUCAAGAAGUCCGUGCUUGGUCUGUGCGGGAUAAUUCAAAAGCUCCUGAAGCCGCUGGUGUUAUUCAUACGGACUUCACUCGUGGAUUUACUGGGGUGGAAAUCAUGAAAUACAAUGAUUUAUAUCAAUUGAAAACAGAAGCCGCUGUUCGAUCUGCAGGGAAGCUCUUACAAAAAGGAAAAGACUACAUCAUUGAAGAUGGAGAUAUUGCUCAUUUCAAGGUAAGAAAAAAAAAGAUAGCAUAUGUUUGGAGAAGCUGUUUUUGAAACAAAACUCAUACUUUUUUUUUUAUGUGUCAAUCUUCAACAUCCUUAGUUCAAUGGUAAGUUCAAAAGAAAUAAUAUAUAUCCAAUGCAAAUGACUAAAUAACGUUCAUGUUUAUAGUGACCAACAAGAAGAAAUAGAAUGUAGAUAGAUAGAACUAUUAGAAAUGGAUUGAAUAGACAAAUUAGAAUGAAUGAAUAAAU